AUGUGCAGAUGGCGGGAUAAAUACCUGGCAUAUCUCAACCGGGACCUGGAGCACCUGAUGGAAAAGGGCACCCAGAAACCCACGCAUCCAAGUAAGUGUGAUCCUCGACAAGGAAGCCAACUUGAUGAUGCUAUCAGGUGGGUUAGAUACCGUCACCAACCUGGUUGCCUGAAGUUUUUGCUUCCUCUCCACCCGGCCCGAAAUUCAGGAAAAAGCGGGUCAGACGAUUAG